AUGGGGAACAGCUUAGCAGCAGUUAUGACUGUGUGCACAGCUAAAUUCAUGUGGACCCUUAAACAAGGCAAAGCGAAACGGCAAACACCUCUUCUCCACCAAGGUUGCAGCUGCUGUUGCCAGAUCCGAGAAAUAACCCAGAGUGGAGGCAGGGCGAUUUGGAGCUUUAUCUGCUGUUUACCCCACCUCCAAGGUAAUGAGGGAUACUUGACAAUGAGCACCCCCGCAGCGUCCCUUCCUCCAGAACAAGUUGACCCUCAAAACUUCCCACGAAAAUACGUCAACAUAGCCCUGCAGCUGAAAUUUUUAAAGGCCAGCUCCCCACUUCAGUUAGACAGAGCUGUGGCCAAGGACGAAGGGAAAAUGACAGGCAAGAUCGAAGGCUUCUUCCUACUACUUCUCUUUGGCUAUGAAGCCUCAUUGGGAUUAUCAUCGACAGAGGAUGAGGGUGAGGACCCCUGGUACCACAAAGCAUGCAAGUGUGAUUGCCAGGGAGGAGCCAAUGCUCUGUGGUCAGCUGGAGCUGCCUCUUUAGACUGCAUUCCAGAAUGCCCAUAUCACAAGCCCCUGGGUUUCGAGUCAGGGGAGGUCACGCCAGAUCAGAUCACCUGCUCCAACCCAGAGCAGUAUGUGGGCUGGUAUUCCUCAUGGACAGCAAACAAGGCCCGGCUCAACAGCCAAGGCUUCGGGUGUGCUUGGCUUUCCAAGUAUCAGGAUAGUAGCCAGUGGCUACAGAUAGAUUUGAAGGAAAUCAAGGUGAUUUCGGGGAUCCUUACCCAAGGGCGCUGUGACAUAGAUGAGUGGAUGACAAAGUACAGCGUGCAGUAUAGGACUGAUGAACACCUGAACUGGAUUUACUAUAAGGAUCAGACUGGAAACAAUCGGGUCUUCUAUGGAAACUCGGACCGGAGUUCUACAGUCCAAAAUUUACUGCGCCCCCCCAUCAUUUCCCGCUUUAUCCGACUGAUCCCUCUAGGCUGGCAUGUCCGAAUUGCCAUCCGGAUGGAGCUGCUUGAGUGUGCCAGCAAGUGUGCCUGA